CUUCUAAAAGACGAGACACAAGUUUUAGAGCUCGGCAGGUCGAAUUUGUUGAUACGUCGACCAAACAACUAACAGUGGAUUCAUUACUGACUCCAAGUUCUUUUGACCGAAUCAUCCAGAAGCUGCAGCGGAUGCAACUCGAUGCGAGCAAAGUCAAGAGCAGAACAGAUCUAUCAUUGGGGUUGAGAAAUAUUGCAUCAGACAGGGGCUUCAGAAUAUCUGACAAUCAAGGAUCAGGAAAUUGCAUGUUCUAUGCCUUGUCUGAACAACUGGAAAUUGUUAAGGGAGUCAAAAUCCUACAUGGCGAAUUAAGACAAACCUUGGUCCAGUACCUCAGGCGUAACCCAAAACUUCCGGAUGGAACAGAUCUGUUUCACUUUGUCCAUGGACAUCAAACAUGGACUGAAUACCUAGUACACAUGGAACAAGAUGGCACUUGGGGUGAUCACGUGAUUCUGUGUGCGGCAGCGAACUACUUUGAAACGUGCAUUCGUGUGGUCAGCAGUCUAUCCCAUAGCAAUGAUGUAAUCAUUACGCCAUAUUGUCCAGUUGACGAAAGCAAACCUCUUGUGCUGGGACAUAUUCAUGAGGUGCACUAUGUCAGCCUUCAACCCGUGCAAGGUUAGAGUGGCAGGCCCCUACAGUCACUUUGAUCGGCCCUUGUGAAGAGCCCGGCCUUACAGAGUGACUUCAUAGGCAUAGAGACUAUUGAUACAAAUUGGAGAACUAGAGCUUUCUUCCGUCGAUUUUUCCAAUGUGAACUUUAAAAUCUUAGAUUUAAUUAGAGUUUCCAACAAUUUUUUGUUUAUGUAAACACGGAUACCAUUUUACAUUUCUUUUAUAAAAUAACUAAUGAAAGAGGAACGAAAACCGUGUUUACAUACGCUCAUGUAAAAUGGUUUUAUGGCCAAUCAGAGCGCACGUACUAUUUGAAUUAUUUUAUAAAGGGUAAUCGAAAUAAGCUUUCAAGGGAGAGAUGAUACAAAUAUUAGGAAAAGAUAACGUAGUAAUAUUCUCCAAAGUUGGCAAAUGUUUGAAUCAGUAAAGAAUGCAAUAGCCAACAAAGAAACUACUUGAGAAUCUAAAAGAACUCUACCAACGAUUUCGUUUUGUUUAAUGCUGUGGAUGUGGGGAUUCUGAUGAAAUUACAACGCAACAGCAAUUCAUAUCGUUCCCCUUAUAGGACUGACUUCAGCUAUUUAGAUAUUAUGAGAAUCCCGUCAGUUAUUUGCGGGCGAGGCUCUUCGCAUAUCUUUUGUCAAAACGAGGAAGGAACUUAUCAGGAUCAGAAGAGUGCAUGCAAGCUCCUUAGUAAUCUCCUGAUAAUUAUUUUCUGCUUUAUUGCGAGUAUCACUGAGACCAUAUCUUCAGAAGUAUCAUCGCCAGGCAAGGGAAGUCAUCAUAUUUUAUUGUUCGAGGAGUUGUCUUCAAAAAAGCUCUUAAUUGGAUACGAUAUUCGAAUCUACCCCUCACUUUAUUAACUGCUACAUAUGGAUGUUUUAAUUUUGGAAGUACCUCAUUCCAUUUUUUUGGAAAUAAACGGUGUUUAACCCUUGAACUUCUUGAAGUGAUUAACAUGUAACUUCUCCCUUUAAUAUUCAUACAUUAUUCAGCAAACAGACAAUGAGAAUACUCAAACUUAUCAGGUAGAAGUUGUUAUCUUGAUCUAACACCAAAUUCUCAUAAUUAAUUAAUGAGGACAUGUGUAGCAGCUAGAGGGGAGAAUUAACAAUCAGAUCUUAGGAGUGAAAGGGUUAACACCUUGUCCUCACGUAGCGCUUUACCCACAACUAUAUCAUAGUCACAGCUUUCCCGUUCCAUGAAUAGGAACUUUCUUGCUUCCUCGGCGAAUUCCUCCAAAAUAUAUCUGUAAAAGGAAAAUUAUCGGUUUAACCGAAAGUUCGAUUUUUCUCGAUGUGACGCGCACAAAUCCCUACCGCUCUUUUGUUGUGUUUUAAGGGCAAAGAACACCGUUUUAAAAAAGAACGUGAAAAAACUUCUCGCUAGAUACACAACCGCUAACUUACUUAACUUAACCUCACCUACGUAACAUGCACAACUGAAUAUAUUUUUACUGCUUGUUACAUAACGUUGCGUAAUGUCUCUGGAAGUCAGCAAUACGAAAUGAACACUAAGUUCGGGUCCUAUUUGCAAUCAACAAC